ACGGCCACUUCCGGGAGGAGCUGCGGACCGGAAGUGUUAUACUGGGCUCCGUCUGUGUGCUUGCAUGUGGAGGGGGCGGUGGUUCUGAGUCCCGUGCCACCGUCGCCAGCCGGCCCCGCCCCUGAAAUCCGUGGUGGGCAUGAGGCUGGGCAGGAGGUAAUGCUGAAUGACUCAGAAAAGAAGCAAGACAGCACCAGAAGAAAAAAUAUUUAACUCUGUACAGUUGACAUUUACAGAUGCUAACUAAAAAUGAAUGAAAGCAGAAAAUCAGAUGAGAAAAAUAUUGACGAUAGAAAAGAUGAUAGAGAAGAAUUACUGGAAUUUUCGGAGAACUUUAACCAACUUGAAUUGUUGGAAACACACAGACAUCUAAUUCCUAUAGGAACUCAGAGUCUUUGGUCAGGAGAGUCUGGUGAGGAAGAUGAAGAGGAGGAAAAAAGUGAGGAGUGGUACCAAAUGCAAGAAAAAAAAAUGGAAAACAAUCCAGAAAAACUGCUGCUUUGGGCAGCUGAAAAAAAUCGGCUUAGCACAGUACAGAGACUCCUUUCUCAAAAGCUAGCUCCCGUUAACGUCCAAGACGAAGAUCAGUACACUCCCCUCCAUCGAGCUGCCUACAGUGGACAUAUAGAUGUUGUGCGUGAAUUGAUUGCCCACGGUGCAGAUGUCCAUGCACUGACAGUGGAUGGCUGGACGCCUCUACAUAGUGCAUGUAAGUGGAACAAUACAACGGUGGCUUCAUUUUUACUUCAGCAUGGUGCAGAUAUCAACGCUCAAACAAAUGGAUUGCUGACACCAUUGCAUCUUGCUGCAGGAAACAGAGGGAGUAAAGAAACACUUGAACUUCUGCUGAUGAAUCGUUACGUGAAACCAAACCUAAAAAAUAACUUGGAUGAAACUGCAUUUGAUAUUGCUAGAAGAACGGACAUAUAUCACUACCUUUUUGAAAUUGUAGAAAAUUGCACAAAUUCUGUGCCAGAUUCUUAAAAAUUCUCAUUAUUUAAACUUCUGAAUGUGAAUUUCACUUACUUCCUCUUUGUGAGACGGCAUUCUUUAUACUUGCACCCAAAACAAGUGGUUUCUCCCCACUUCUCAGAAAAGAGUUAAUAGGUGAUAUUGUAGAGGGAGAUCUCAUGAUUAAGAUUUCAUUAUUUUUUGCAAAAUAAAUGACCAUAUACUUACUCAGACUUUGACAUAUUAUCACUUAUAUAGAAUGGGACUUGAGGUGUUCUGCAGGCUAGAGCUUUGGUAAAUUUAGUAAUUUGCAGUGGGUCUCCACUUUUAUCAGUGCAAAUUAGCAAGGAUCUACUGUAAUUAAAGUCCAAAACACUAAUAUCAAGUCAAGGAGAAAGCUGGAACAUUAACUGUUAAGUAAGCUAGCAGGUUAUGCACAAAUUGGUAGUUACUGUUUGUUUUAAACUUUUGAGACACGUGUUUUAACUUCUUUAAAAGUGCAUGAAAACGCUGACUGAAUGUAACUAACUUAUACAGGGGACACUCAAAAUAUAUAGUUUCCUCAUUUUAAAAUAAAAUACUUAACACUAAA